UGUGUAUAUUUCCUCAUGAAGUUAUUUUUUCACAUUCAUCUCACACUUCUAACUGGAAACCAUUUUUUUUUUUUACAGAUCUACCAACACCUGCGAUACUACAGCAACCCAGCGGAACAGCGAUGGAUUGUGCGGAUAUUGCUGUUCGUUCCCAUCUACGCCUUCGACUCCUGGAUUUCCCUCCUCUUUUUCAACAAGGACAACUACUACAUCUAUUUUGACACAAUCAGGGACUGCUAUGAAGCAUUUGUGAUCUACAACUUCUUGAGUCUGUGCUACGAGUACCUUGGAGGAGAAGGCAACAUUAUGAGUGAGAUCAGAGGGAAGCCUAUUAGAUCGUCAUGCAUGUAUGGCACAUGCUGCUUGGCAGGGAAGACGUACACCAUUGGGUUCCUUCGCUUCUGCAAGCAGGCAACCCUGCAGUUCUGCUUUGUAAAGCCAGUCAUGGCCUUCAUAACCAUAAUUCUACAGUACUUUGGGAAGUACCAGGAUGGUGACUGGAGUCCUGAAGGCGGAUACCUGUACAUCACCAUCAUCUACAAUAUCUCAGUGUCGCUUGCCCUGUACAGCCACUUGCUCUUCUAUUUUGCCACGAGAGACCUCCUGCAGCCGUUUGAGCCAGUGCUCAAAUUCUUCACCAUCAAGUCCGUCAUCUUUGUCUCAUUUUGGCAAGGUGUAUUAUUAGCUAUCCUUGAAAAGGCUGAAGUUAUCAAAGGAAACCCCAACCUGAACACGGGCACAGUCUCUGCUGGAUACCAGAACUUCAUUAUCUGCAUAGAAAUGUUUUUCGCCUCCGUUGCCCUGCGCUACGCCUUCCCUUACCAAAUCUACGGAGAUUUCACCGUUACUGGCACAGGUCGCACAGUCACCAUGCAGAGCAUUUCGUCAUCUCUCAAGGAGACCAUGAAUCCCAAGGACAUUAUGACGGAUGCCAUCCACAACUUCCACCCACAGUACCAGCAGUACACCCAGUAUAGUGCAGGCGACACCGGCCGUCCAACACAGGUGCUCACGCACAGCUAUGACAUGGAGGAGCUCCGUCCAGACCUUUUGCCUGUCUCCUCUUCCACCACCACCACCACCACUCUAGCCUCUGACACUCUCCCCACCAUCACCACCACCACCAAUGCCCCCAGUCAAGUUGGUGGAGGUGGUGGAGGCACGGUAGUCAACUCAGGCCAUGGUGUCAUCUCCACCGCAGUCCGAGCACAACAGACCCAGGACCUUGUGAGACUGCCCCCUCCGCCCUCCAAAGGAGGCACCACCAGAGGGUCGGGACACACUGCGGUCAGCACCUAUGAUGCUGACGAAGUCCCACAGUCAAAUGGAAGCAACGGAAUGGGGGGAAUGGGAGGAGGUGGCCUGGGCAGUGGGAAUGGGGGAGGCCUUGGGGGAAGAGCCCAGAAUGGCGGCCGAAAUGGCAACGGAAGAGCAGCAUAUAACGAGAAGACAAUGCUCUUAAGCUCAGACGACGAGUUCCAGUGAGGCCAGGGACACUACAAAGGAUGUGAGUAGUAAGAGGUUGAGAAGAAACCUUCACUUCCGCUGCUGCCUUUGGGCCAAAGCCUUCGCCUGAGGAGCUCCCAGGGACGGGAUUCGUGGACGUUGGGAACUGCCACAAUUCUCGGCUUACUUUUGUCUUGUCUUGGCUCUACGUUUAUGCUGCUGCUGUCAUCUUUCUCCAUUUUUCUUUCAAUUCUGUACAACCUCAUGUGUUUCCUGGUUCUUUGUAUCUAUCUAUCUCUCGCACUUUCUCUCUGCAUAGAAAUUUAUUUUAAUUAUGGCUUUGUCCAUUGUGAAACUAAAUUGGAGCACCUGUGGUAUUUUUUUUUUUUUUUUUUUUUUUCUGCUCAGACAUCAAGAAUAAACUGAUUAUUUUAUUGGUGCUCCUCAUUUUUUUAUAUCUUAAAGGGUCAUAGCACAUAAAAUAAAAGAGUUCCUGUAUAUAUGGACAUUGGAAGCAAAAGUUCCUGGGGUUAUUUCAAGCCUGUUUUAAACCUUAAUUUGAUAUUUGCAGUACUUUCUGUGUACAUGUUUUUUUUGUUUUUGUUUUUUUUUUUGUUAAGUUAUUCUGAGUUUUUAGUUUUCUCCUUUAUAUAUAUAUCUUUCUAAGUUUGUAAGACUACUAGCAGGUGCUAAACAGGUUUGAGAUGAGAUGUGGAAGGGAAGCAGUUCAUUUAUCCCCCCUUCUAGGGUUCAGAAGGGUAAAUGGAUGUUACGGAUAAUUUCCUAGUUUUACCAUCCAUUGUUUACAAAUAUUAUUUAAACAUGUUUCGUAAAGGAAGUUGUGAUACAGAAAAUCUUAAAAAAAAAAAAAAAAAGUUUUAUUUAAUUUCUUAAUUGCUUUGAUUUUCCCCCCCCCCCCCAUAUCAAUAAGAAAGUGUUAUUCACAGUCAUUCACUUGAUACCCCCCCCCCCUUGUCAGAAAGAAAAAAGUUUUAUUAUUUUCAUUCCUUUGAUUUCCUUCCCCAUAUCAGAAUGCGACAUUCUACUUAUACAUAUAUCUGUAUACACCCAGGUAUGAUUGUUAUAUGUAUAAUCUUUUGUGAUAACAGAUUUACAACUGCUUGUCAUAUAUCAAGACAUGUUCAAAAUGUAUAAUGUAUUUGUAUGACGGGACUCUCUGUACAACAUUAUGAUCUUAGAGAAACAAGAGAUAAGAAAUUUACCUUGAGAUAAUACUCGGGUAUAUAUUGAUAAAAUGAAGGAAGGUCAUCUUAACUACUUAUUCAUUUGCGUGUGUGUUGGCGUGUAUGUUGCAUCAGCUUUCCUUUCUUUAAGAGUUUUGAUGUUCAGUUCUCAGAUCAUCCAGUAGUGCAAAAAUGAAUCUUAUUGUUCAUCUUAUUGUUUGCAUUAUGGUACAUGUAUCUGCUCUGAUGGGUGUUGCUUGCCAAGAGGAGAAAAUUCACAUUGUGUCCAAAAUACUCUACCACUGAGUUUGCUAGUUAGCUAAUAAGUGGCAAGAGGAUAUAAAUACAGGAAAUUGUAUUGUUAAUGCACAGAAGAUUCACAUUCCUUGUCUGGCAGUGUCUUAUCACGUUUUUUUGAAUUUGAUAUUUCUCUAAUCCUUGAACGUGAAUGUCCUUGUUGACUGGUUUAAACAUGAGUCAGUAAUGUAGAUAUUGCAGAACAUUACCAAAACAGGAGAGGAAAAUGCAAGGAAAUUACUGCAGGUCAGAGCACAGUGAUAGACCUUUAUUGCCAUGGAACACAUAUAACAGUAAAGUAGUUAAGAUGGUCUUGCUUUUUGUAAAUGUUGACGGACAUUGCUUAAAAAAUUUAAAAAUUAAAUAAAAAAUGAGUAAAAAAAAACUUUUUGGCUUCAAAAUUUAGCAAUUAUAAGAGAUGAAAGGAUAUGGUGGUGCAGUCGUUAUGAUGAAUAGCAAUUGUCGUUGGAUUUUAUGUCUCAUGGAUUGCCGUUCAUUUAGGUGAACCAAGUGCUAUCCUUGCUGGAUUUUAAGAUUUUCUGGAGGAAGAUGUAGAUGAAUAUUUGACACUUCAAUUGUUGCCUAUCUACAUGAUCCAAUAUCAGUUUCUGCAGAAUAUGCAACAGUGUAUGAUAUUGCAUAUGCAUAAAGUUUUGUUUUUUUUCUGCAAGGAAAGAUAUUUUAUAGUUUUGUUGGUAAUGAUUUUCUAAUUUAUAUACUUUUGUAGUUGUCUUGUCAGGAAUCUAAAUCAGUUCCUUAAAGAUUCAGGGUGCGUUUGAUAACAUUAAUUGCUUCUCUUUUUUUAUUAUGGAAAUUUACACAUAUAUAUAUAUACAUGCACUCACAUAAACAUUUGUGAUUAUUCAAAUUAAUUUUAAUUAGUGUUACACAUACUACAAAACACAUACACUACAAAAUACACAUGCACCUACAUACACACACAAGCGCACACACACACACACACAAGCGCACA